AUGAGCAACAAAGUUGAUCCCAAACCUCUACAUCCCGUAUACACUGUUACUAACAUCCAACACAAAGUCCGUGUGCUCGAUGGUGUGAAAGUUUCGUACUCCUCGUGGGUAAAACUUUUCAUGCUACAUGCCAAAGGGUACGAUGUUCUGCAACACAUCGACGGUUUCUCGGCCCCAGCUAAAACUUCCACCGACUACCCGUCUUGGGAAAAGAUUGUUGCAGUGGUAUUACAAUGGAUCUACGGAACUCUUUCCGAUGAUCUUCUUGUCCGGGUGUUAGUCGAUGAUUCUACUGCAUUCGAGGCUUGGCAGCGGGUUAAAAACUUGUUCGUUAAUAACAAAGGCUCUCGUGCACAGGCGCUACAACAUGAACUAACGAACCUGACCCUCGCCGCCAUGCCCUCCAUUGAAGCUUAUUGUCAGCGCAUUCGUGAUCUUUCAGAUCAAUUAGCUGCUGUUGAUUGCCCACUGAAUGAUAAUCAACUGGUACUCUACCUUGUUCGUGGUCUCCCACGUGAAUAUGACACUAUUGCUUCCAUCCUCAAUCAAACUCUCCCUUCAUGGGAGGAUGCCAUCGAUCGUCUUCAAUCCGAAGCACGACGUAUUGCCGCCCGGGAAGCUGCCGCCCCUACCCCUCUUGUUGCUGCCGCCGUCACAUCUCCACCCACAAAACGUGAUGCUCAAGACAACUCUACUUAUUCUAAUCGGGAGAACCAGAAUCGCCUUCCUUCAGGCUCUCGUCGUGACUCCAGCAAAAACGGACGGUCUAAUACCUCUAAUCGUGGCCCAGGUCAAUAUUCACAAAGACCCACGAUCCAACAACCAUUUUAUCCUCCACCACCCUAUUGGGCUCCACCAUAUUGGGCUCCUCCAUAUUGGGCUCCUCCACCUUGCCCUUAUCCAACUCAAAGCUGGACACAACCUUGGCAGCACCGAAUCAACCCUCGGCCAAGCAGCAACCUACCAUCUAACCGUACUGCUCAAGCACAUCUCGCCGAUGUCGACCCGCUUCAACCCACUCAAUUGGCGGAUGUUGUUCAUGCGUUAUCCAUGGAACCUUCUGAUGAACAAUGGUACUUUGACACUGGAGCAUCUUCUCAUCUCACCUAUGAUCAAGCAAAAUGGCAAAUCCGAGCGCAUGAUUCGUCGCUUAAACGAAAUCAUGUUUACUUUACUCACUCAUGCUUCUCUACCAUCCUCCUUUUGGGUUGA